AUGCGCCGAAAGAUUCGGUCGGCGGUCCACAAGCUAACACGUCGCAUAGCUCGAGCUCUCACCGGCCCCAUCGAUCGCGACGGCCCCGAAGCCUCCCUACCGAACAUCCCUGGUUCACCACCAACCUUUGAUCCGAAUCCUGGAGAUACUCACGCCGAUCCGGAGCCAUCCAUAAUGGCUGAUGGAGAGGAGGAUUACAGCUCUUUGCCCCUUACAGAUCGCUGGGUGCACAAGAUCUGGAAAGUCCGCAAAGCAGCAUACGAAGAAGCCACCAAGCAGUUCGAGGUCAGCGCCGACGAGUACGAUGCUGCCUUCCAGCCCUUUCUGCGAGAUUCUUCCCUAUGGAAAGGCGCCGUGGCCGACAGCAACGUGGCAGCCCAACAAGAUGGCAUGGCAGCUUACUGCGCAUUUCUGAAGUUCGGCGGCAAGGAACACGGCACGAGAUCAAGAGGUGUCACAGUCACACCCAUCUGUGAGAAGGGUCUCCCGUCUACGCGAGCGGCAACAAAGGCGUCAUCCAUCGAGGCCCUGCUCCUCCUCUGCGAAGUUGAUGUACCGAACCCUGUCAUCGAGGAUGUCCUGCCUGUACUCUCCGCUAAGCAACCAAAAACCGUUGCCGCCGCGCUGAACGCCUUGACCGCCAUCUUUCACAACUACGGUUGCAAGCUUGCCGAUCCCAAACCUGUCCUCAAAGUCUUACCAAAAGCCUUCGGCCACGCUGACAAAAAUGUGCGAGCUGAAGCGACCAACUUGGCAGUGGAAUUCUACAGGUGGCUGCGGGAGGCUAUGAAGCCCAUGUUCUGGGGCGAUCUGAAGCCAACCCAGCAAACCGACUUGGAGACGCAGUUCGAGAAAAUCAAGGCCGAAGGUGCUCCGAAGCAGGAACGAUUGUUGCGGACUCAACAAGCUGCAAAAGAACAGGCCCCGGCCGCUGGAGGAGGGGACGAAGGCGGUGGGGACGACGACGAGGGCGAGGAGCCCGAGGAGAUUGACGCAUUCGACCUUGCAGAGCCCCAGGACGUCCUCAAGGGUAUACCUGGGAAUUUCUACGACUUGCUCGGCUCAUCGAAAUGGAAAGACCGCAAGGAAGCUGUUGAGGCGCUGUACGCCCUUGUGAAUGUGCCAAGGAUCAAGGACGGGGAUUUCAGCGAAAUCAACAGGUCACUGGCGAAAUGUAUGAAGGAUGCCAACAUCGCUGUUGUCACACAGGCAGCUCAAUGCAUCGAGCUCCUAGCCAAAGGAUUGCGGAAGAGCUACGGAAAAUACCGAUCGGUCGUCAUGCAGCCCAUCAUGGACCGCCUCAAGGAGAAGAAAGCCGCUGUUCAGGAUGCCCUUGGCGCAGCACUCGAUCAGGUCUUCCUGGCAACAAGCCUGACGGAUUGUUUCGAAGAUAUUUUGGCUUAUCUAGUCAACAAGAACCCUCAGGUCAAGGAAGGUACCAUGAAGUUUCUUGUACGAUGCCUGCGGACAACAAGAGACGUCCCAAGCAAACAAGAAAUCGGGCAGACGGUUGAGGCUGCAAAGAAGCUCCUGGCGGAGUCUAGCCCUGCGCUUCGUGAUGGUGGUGCCGAGAUACUGGGCACCAUCAUGAAGAUUAUUGGCGAGCGGGCGAUGAACCCCCAUAUGGAGGGUCUUGACGACAUUCGAAAGACCAAGAUCAAGGAGUACUUUGAGACAGCAGAAGUCAAGGCGAAGGAGAAGCCGAAAGCGCCACCGCCGGCCGCUAAACCUCCACCAGGGGGUCCCAAGAAGGUUGUCAGGAAGGGUCCCGCUGGUCUAAAGAAAGCUGCACCGGCAGCGGCACCGCCACGAGCCGAGUCUCCCCCAAUGGCACCACCAUCGACGGCAAAACCAGCGGGCAACAAGCUUGGGAUGCCGAAACCCUCUGGGAUUGGAGGUCUCAAAGCACCUCAGAAGAGGACACUCGCAGGGCCCGGUGGCCUGGCAUCGCCGCGGCGACCUGCAGCUGCAGCGCCCCCGCCGCCAGACGAGGACGAGUACGACGAGGAGCCAGCACCAGUCGCCUCUCCUCCUCGGCAACGACUUGGCAUGGGCCGCGGUGGUCUUGCUGGCCGCUCUCUAGCCAAACCGGCUGCACCACCGGCAGCCAUGGCUCCCGCCGCCGAACCUGCCCCCGCCGUCUCUGGCCUCACUGCGUUGGAGCGCGCAGAGCUAGAAGAGCUCAGAGCCGCCAACGAGAGCCUGCUGCGGCAAGCUGACGAGGGCCGCCAUGAGCGGUCCAAGCUCAUGUCCGAAAUCCAGGAACUGAAGAAUCAAAAUGCUCAGCUCAUUGAAGAUCACACUCGGGAUGUGCUGAGCAUCAAGGCAAAGGAGACGCAGCUUGUACGUGCACGGAGCGAUGCGGAAGCGGCGGAGAGCACGAAUGAGCGUCUGCGAAGGGAACUUGACCGACUGAAGCGAGCUCUCAGUAAGUCUGAGCAGCUCGGUAUGCAGCGUGAUGACAUGUUGAGCCCCACGCUCAGCACGGCCAGCCCAGUACAAGAAGAAAUGGGCGGCGGUUUCCGAGAAAGGGAAGGCAGCUUCGGAGGCGGCUUGCAUAGGGCAGCAAGUACAGCGUCUAGGAACCGCACUUCAUAUGCUAGCAACCUCUCCGAGGAGAAGGAGAAUGGAUAUGGUCCAGACGUUCCUCCGCCUUACGCAAGGCACAAGGCCCUCAGCCCGGAGCUUGGGAGAUACAACAAUGGCAAUGGGGCCAGCUCGGCUAGCAGUGGACGAGCAUCUCCCGCUAGGGGCUACAGGAGAGACGUCUACUCGGGCGAGCAUUCAUCCGCUGCCGGUGGUGGUGCCGCUGGAAACAACGGCAAUGGCGCUGAAAGUUGGAAGAGGGCUGCUGAGGUGACCAGCCAGCUGAAGGCAAGGAUUGAGCAGAUGAAGGCUAAGCAAGGGCUUGCGAAGCAGUAG